AUGGCAGACAUCAACCCUUUAUCCUCCUACCCGCUCCCCUCACACGCCUCUCUUCUCUCACAGUACCUAGGCCAGAAGCUGGAAGAUCUCCCCACUCCAGCCGUCGUCCUUGACCGCGCCAUCAUACGACGCAACUGCGAUGCCAUGCUUAGUAUUUGCGCAGAACUCAAAGUAGGGUUUCGUGCGCAUGUCAAGAGCCAUAAGACCCUUGAACUAUCAAAGAUGCAAGUCGGAGAAAGCGGUCCGGCAAACUUCAUCGUUAGCACGAUUGCUGAGGCAGAAAACCUGUUGCCAGAGCUACGCGAUGCGCAGGGCAAAGGGAGAGAAGCUAGUGUCCUGUAUGGCGUGCCAGUGCCUCAAUCCGGAAUUCCGCGUCUCAUCUCCCUAGCCUCGAAAUUGCAACCCAGAUCUGUCAGUGUCAUCAUCGACAACGAGAAUGCUUUUCUCAAAUUCCACGAUCGACUCACCACAUCGGAGACCAAGGUUGAGAUGGGAGUCUUUAUCAAGAUCGAUACUGGCUAUAAACGCGCUGGCGUCAAAACCUCGUCUCCCGCAUUCCCUUCGCUCGUCAAGACAGUAGUUGAGAAAAGUCAGGAACCAGGAUCUGGAUGCUUCAUGCAAGGCUUCUACUCUCAUUUCGGACAUUCGUAUGCCGGAUCCUCGGAAGACGAUGCCGCGAAUGGGCUCAUCGAGGAGCUGGUGGGCUUGGAAACAGCAAUCAAGGCUGUCCCAAAAAGCUGCAAUGAGAAGUUGGUGCUGAGUGUGGGCGCGACACCCACGGCGACAGCAGCACAGAACAUGCUGUCAAGCUCCAGCCCCAAGGUCCGGGAAUUCCAUAAAGUGCUUGGACGUCUACAGAAAGACCAUGUUGUUGAGCUGCAUGCUGGGGUGUACCCGGUGCUGGACUGCCAGCAAGUCGCUACACACGCAAGACCAUCUGCUUCUAGCGCAGCCACGUCAUCCUUCCAGCCUCUCGCUAAAUCGAACAUUGGCAUUAGGAUGUUGGUCGAGGUGACAAGCGUGUAUAACGAACGAUCGAAGCCUGAAGCCCUUGUGUCAGCUGGCUCUCUCGCGAUGGGUCGCGAACCUUGCAAGUCCUAUCCAGGGUGGGGAAUCGUCACACCUGUCCUGGGCAAUGCUUCUGCUAAGCACAUAUACGACGAGCGAGAAGAUAAGACGGGAUGGAUUGUAGGACGCAUCAGUCAAGAGCACGGAAUUUUGACAUGGGAGGGGGAGAGGAGCGAAUGCAACGAGUUGACAAUUGGUGACAAGGUUAUGGUUUGGCCAAACCAUGCAUGCGUGGCUGGUGCAGGAUUCGGAUGGUAUCUAGUGGUAGACUCGGAAUCGGAUGGAGAUAGGGUGGUGGAUGUCUGGAUCAGAUGGCGGGGCUGGUAA